CGCGCCCGGGCGAACCUCCCGGUGCAAGAGCCACGGGGGAGGUCGCGCGGGAGCCGGUCCCGAGUGCUCGCGUCCACACCCACGUCUGUGCGCUUUCCUGCCUGGCUGACCUGGCAAGAUAUAUACAUGGAAACUUGAGACGUUUGUCUAACUUCUGUCUUAGGUUGGCCUCAAGCUUACAGCUCACAUUGAUCGUCCUAACUUAGCCUCCCAACUACUGGGAUUAAAGUGUUGAAGUUAAAGACCUCCUUUUGCAAUGAAGAAAGAGCCUGAAUUUGUUGUUUUGUCUUAAGGAAAAAUGAUAAACAAAAAUGAGACCUGCACUGCGGGACAAGUUUCUGUGCCCUACAUGACUUGUCUGAUUCACGUAUUUGAACAGUGGUUUGGUGUGGAGCAAUUGGAGGACUAUUUGAAUUUUGCAAACUAUCUUUUGUGGGUUUUCACACCACUAAUUCUUUUAAUUCUCCCAUACUUUACUAUCUUCCUUCUCUAUCUUAGUAUUAUAUUCCUACAUAUUUAUAAGAGGAAGAAUGUAUUGAAAGAAGCCUACUCUCAUAACUUAUGGGAUGGUGCAAGGAAAACAGUGGCAUCUCUGUGGGAUGGACAUGCAGCGGUGUGGCAUGGUUAUGAAGUGCAUGGAAUGGAAAAAAUACCAGAAGAUGGACCAGCACUUAUAAUUUUUUAUCAUGGAGCCAUUCCCAUAGAUUUUUACUACUUCAUGGCUAAAAUCUUUAUCCACACAGGCAGAACUUGCCGAGUAGUAGCUGAUCACUUUGUCUUUAAGAUUCCAGGGUUUAGUUUGCUACUUGAUGUGCUGUGUGUUCUUCAUGGACCAAGAGAGAAAUGUGUUGAGAUUCUGAGGAGUGGUCACUUGCUAGCUAUUUCACCCGGUGGGGUUCGAGAAGCCUUACUUAGUGAUGAAACUUACAACAUCAUAUGGGGUAAUCGUAAAGGCUUUGCCCAGGUUGCAAUUGAUGCAAAAGUGCCCAUUAUUCCUAUGUUUACACAAAAUAUUCGAGAAGGAUUUAGAUCACUUGGAGGAACAAUGUUAUUUAAAUGGCUAUACGAAAAGUUCCGCUAUCCAUUUGCUCCAAUGUAUGGGGGUUUUCCAGUGAAGUUACGGACCUAUUUAGGUGAUCCCAUUCCAUAUGACCCAAAGAUGACAGCAGAAGAACUAGCUGAAAAGACCAAGGAUGCCAUUCAAGCUUUGAUUGAUAAGCACCAAAGAAUACCAGGAAACAUUAUGAGUGCUUUGUUGGAACGUUUUCAUACAAAGCAAAAGAUCACCUAGAAGAUGAUUUGGUGCAUCUUUACUAACAUGUUUGCAUUUGUGGUACUGUCUUCCAAUUUUAUAGGUCUUAAAAGUGGCACCUUUUUUGUUUAAAUCAUGAUAAUAAGCAUCCUUCUUAGAACUUACUUAUUUAAAUUUAUAUUGAUAAUCUUUUUGUAAUCAAUGGUGUCAAAUUUAAUCAGUAACUUGUCACAUGCCUAGUAAUUCAGAAAAUGUUCAUAUUUCAUUUGUUAAUCUUUUUAUGAUAAACAUUCAUAACAUACAGUAAAAAGACUCUUACACUUAAUUUUUAAAGUAAUAGCCAUUUAGAUUAAGCAGACAUUCCUAAAUAAUGCAUCUAGUUUCUGUAUGUUGUGCUGAGCUAAUUUGAGGGGGCUUAUGCUGGGUUAUAGCACAGUUGCUUAAGAUAGACAAGAAAUAACUUUUAUUUGUCCUUUAUUCUCUUCAUGACUUUGAGGAAGUCUUAACUCUUUUGUGCCUCAACAAUUUCUUUUUUAAAAACAUGAUCAUACUGUAGUAAAAAGCAUUCUUCUAAGUUGCUUAUAUUUACUAAGGGAAAAAAAACUAUUAAGUGGAAAUUACAACUGAAUUAAUUCUCAACUCCUUUAAGAAUUAUGUACAUAUUUGUUCAUUGGAUGAUGAAAUUACUCCUUUGGCUUGAUGUUCAGGUGCCAAGCACAGUGAAAGAGACAUACUGUUUUUUAAAUUGAAUAAUUGUUAUUUUUAAUAUUUAUUUUAAAUAAUCUAAGCUAUCAGUAUAGGGUACAUUGUCAUGGAUGGCCUUUAAUGGUGUAGGGACAAAAUCACUGUCAAUGCUUUGGACUUCAUGUUAGAAGCUGAUUUGAGGCUGAAGAAAGUAGAACUAAAGACAACAGAUUCUGCUCAAUAUUGUGGCUUAUUCAGUUUGACUUUGCAGCCUGUUGGAUGGCUUAUGAGUUAAUAAAAAUGUACUUGAAUGAAAAAUCUCUGUAGACACAAAGCUUUGUGAACAUUUGAUGGCUUUUAAUUUCUUGUCUGCUUGAAAAAUGAUUUUAAAAAGUAUUUAAACAGAAAAGUAUCAGAAAUUAAAUUCAGUAUCUAUCUCCCUUUCCCUUUUUUAGAUGUUGAAGUACUUGGGUUUUUACAGACUUUUGUAUUGUAUUA